AUGAAGAAUCUACUUUUUCUGGUGCUGAUUUCUGUCUGCUGGGCUGAACCUCAUCCUGACAAGUCCAGUCUGGAGCAUGAACGAGUUGUUCACAUUCAAGCAGAAAAUGGACCCCGUCUACUUGUGGUAGCAGAACAAGCCAAAAUCUUCUCUCAUCGGGGUGGCAAUAUCACACUGCCAUGUAAAUUCUACCAUGAACACACAUCAACAGCUGGCUCAGAAGCCCACAAAAUCCGGGUCAAGUGGACCAAACUCACCUAUGAUUACCUCAAGGAACUGGAUGUUUUUGUGGCCAUGGGGCACCACAGGAAGAGCUACGGGAGUUACCACGGGAGGGUGUUCCUGAGGGAGAGCAGUGAGAAUGAUGCCUCCCUUGUAAUCACAAACAUAAUGCUGGAGGACUACGGGAGGUACAAGUGUGAGGUGAUUGAGGGACUGGAGGAUGACACGGCAGUGGUGACUCUGAAUCUGGAAGGUGUGGUGUUCCCUUACUCCCCACGGCUGGGGCGGUACAACCUGAAUUUCUAUGAGGCUCAGCGGGCAUGUAUGGAGCAGGACUCUGUCAUCGCCUCCUUUGACCAGCUCUAUGACGCUUGGAGGUCGGGGCUGGACUGGUGCAACGCUGGCUGGCUUAGCGAUGGAUCUGUGCAGUACCCCAUCACCAAGCCCCGGGAGCCCUGUGGAGGGAAGAACACAGUGCCUGGGGUCAGGAAUUACGGGUUCUGGGACAAGGAAAAAAGCCGAUAUGACGUUUUCUGCUUCACUUCCAACUUCAACGGCCGUUUUUACUACCUGAUCCACCCGAUCAAGCUGACGUACGAUGAGGCGGUGCAGGCGUGCCUGAAGGACGGGGCCCAGAUCGCCAAGGUGGGGCAGAUCUUCGCUGCCUGGAAGCUGCUGGGGUACGACCGGUGCGACGCGGGUUGGCUGGCAGACGGCAGUGUGCGCUACCCCAUCUCCCGGCCCCGCAAGCGCUGCAGCCCCAGUGAGGCUGCCGUGCGCUUCGUUGGCUUCCCUGACAAGAAGCACAAGCUGUAUGGGGUCUACUGCUUCAGGGCCUACAACUGA